CUGUGUGAGAGAUGGCGGAACCGGGGAGAAGGCGGGGGGCGAGGUCCCGCGGUCGUGGCGCCGGCCGAGGCUCUCGGAGAGCCCGGGUCGCCCGUGGCCGGCGUCCUUGCGCUCCGCACUUUCCGUCUCGGCCCAUUCCAGACACAGUGCUUGUGGACUUGGUCAGUGACAGCGAUGAGGAGGUCCUGGAAGUCGUCGGGGACCCGGUAGAGGUGCCGGCCGCCUGCCCCUCCGUCCCGGCCGCAGCGGGGCGGGACAGCGACAGUGACAGUGAAGGGGCGGACGAGGGGCCUGAGAGAGCCCCGCGCGUGUUGGUCCGACGGCGGCGGCGGCGACGGCUGCUGGAUCCCGGCGAGGCGCCGGUGGUUCCUGUGUACUCCGGGAAGGUACAGAGCAGCCUCAACCUCAUCCCAGAUAAUUCAUCCCUCUUGAAACUUUGCCCCUCAGAGCCUGAAGAUGAGGCAGAUAUGACAGAUUCUGACAGUCCUCCCCCUGAGGAUGCCCUACCUACAGGUUCUCCCUGGAAGAAGAAGCUGAGGAAUAAGCACGAGAAAGAAGAGAAGAAAAUGGAAGAGUUUCCGGACCAGGACAUCUCUCCUUUGCCCCGACCUUCAUCGAGGAACAAAAGCAGAAAGCAUACCGAGGCACUCCAGAAGUUAAGGGAAGUGAACAAGCGUCUCCAGGAUCUGCGCUCCUGCCUGAGCCCCAAGCAGCACCGGAGUCCAGCCCUUCAGAACGUAGAUGACGAGGUGGUCCUGCUGGAGGGGCCUGUCUUGCCACAGAGCUCUCGACUUUUUACGCUCAAGAUCCGGUGCCGGGCUGACGUAGUCAGGUUGCCUGUCAGGAUGUCGGAGCCCCUUCAGAAUGUUGUGGAUCAUAUGGCCAAUCAUCUUGGGGUGUCCCCAACCAGGAUUCUUUUGCUCUUUGGUGAGACAGAACUGUCCCCUACUGCCACCCCUAGGACCUUAAAGCUUGGAGUGGCUGACAUCAUUGAUUGUGUGGUGCUAGCAAAUUCUUCAGAGGCUACAGAGGCAUCCCAGCAGCUCCAGCUCCGGGUACAGGGGAAAGAGAAACACCAGAUGCUGGAGAUCUCACUGUCUCCUGACUCUCCUCUUAAGGUCCUUAUGUCACACUAUGAGGAAGCCAUGGGACUCUCUGGACACAAGCUCUCCUUCUUCUUUGAUGGGACAAAGCUUUCCGGCAAGGAGCUGCCAGCUGAUCUGGGCAUGGAAUCCGGAGAUCUCAUCGAAGUGUGGGGCUGAAGCUUCCUCCCUCUGUUUGGAUGCAGAGCCAAGACUUGGGGAUAAUAGCUCCCGCUUUUACUAUUAUUAUUUUUGCCCCAUAAGGGCUAACAGAAAUGAAACUAGAACUUGUUUAUUUAUUUAUUUCUGGUGCUGGGGAUUGAACCCUGGACUGUGCACAUGCUAAGGAUGUAUGAAGUUGAGGCAAAACCAAGACAUGACCUUUGGCCUGUUUUGUUAACCAUAGUCUCAAGCAAUUGGCUGGUAGUUGUGUGGCCGUGGCUGUAUGUUUGUGCUGUACUUGGCAGCCCAUGGGACACAGAGAAGGGAUACUGGCUUCCCUAGCAUUUCACGUUCACUAGCCCUUCACUUCAUCAAAUAUCUGUUCUGUGAAACUGCAUAUAUUGAGUGUUUUGAACUAAAUGACCAUUGCAUUUAGGUGCCCAGGCCUCAGAUUUAUGCCACAGUUGGAGACCAACAAUGACAUUAAUUCUCAUCUGGGGCCUGAGAAUGCAACUUGAGGAACAUUCCCUGAUUGCAGGAAAAUAUAAAAUAUAAAAGUGAUGACAUAUAUACUGACGCUGAGGAGUAGGUGGAAAAGUGGGUGAUCUUUACAGGCUGACGACAGUUGUGUCUUCAGCCUUGGCAUCCCCUCUUCCAGGGCUCUAGCCAGUGUCUGCUACACACUUCCUGGAGUGUACAUGUAGCACGUUAGAGCACAUGCAGCUGUUGAGUUUGGAAUCUACUCUAGUGUUGGGUCCUCCCUCCCUCAUGCGCUCUCUCUCCCGUUAGCACCCUCUUGGGAUAUUUGUCCUUUGAAUAUGACUGUCCUUAUAACUAUCUGAAUGCGUGUGAUUGUACUGUAUAGACACGGUAUUGUGCAAUACACAUUCUGUCUUCGCUCAGUGUGAGUGAUGAUCUAGCCAGGUUAGCAGCUUCUGGAUCCGUUGCUGCUCUGAUCCGCUGUGGGUGCCACACUGUGGCAUUAGAUGGGUUUUCUCACACAUUACCUUAAGUGGGAGAUGCCUGAGUCUCCAGCUCCUUGGAACCAUAUUCGAGGCCAUGGCAAACAUCUUUUUAUGUGUCUCUCUGGGCCAGGAGACGUACUUCUCUGGCCUACUUGUUCAGGGUGACACUGUUGAUUAUACAGGUUCAUCUUUCUGCUUUUUCCAGGGUUUUCUUCAGAAUGUGGACUGGCCUUUCUUGGGGCUUCUCUUUUUUGCUUCUCUUUACCAGCAUUUGAUGCUGUUGGAUUUUCUGAUUUUAGCGGUCCACAUGUAAAAGCACCACACAUCUUAAUAUCCUAUCUCCAUUUCUUAUGCAUAUCCACCCUCUGGUUUGUCAUUGUUAGCUCCUCUUGUCUUGUGGGGCUUCCUUUUGUAGGUGUUUCUUUUCCUUGAGGAGUUGCUUGUGUUCUGGGCAAUUGCAAAUAACCUACAAAAAUAGCACUUUUUGUGUCCAGGGGGAUUUUCACCAAACAGACAUUCUUAAUUUUAAUGUAGACAGUUUGCUGUUUUUAGACAGUUUUUUUUUUUUUUUUAAGGGAAAAUGAGAAAGAACUUCCAGAAUGGGAGGGGCUUCAGUGGGGAAUCUCAGGAUUGAUACCUUUGGAUUUCUAAACUAGAUUAAGAAAAUAAUUUUCUUGUUAGCGUGAUAGUUUUUUUUGUUUGUUUGUUCUUUUGUUUUUUUGUUUUUUGCUUUUUUCUUUCUCAUAUUGAGAUCACUAAAUGAAACUGGAGUUGUAACUGGUCUUCCCUGGUGUGGGUAAACCAUUCUGCGCCCUCCACCGUGGUUCUCACUGGUUGCUGCUGGGCUGUGCUGGUUACCGACUAUCGUAUGUCACUUAUAAACCAUCUGAAAUGCACCUUUGUGUAGGAGAGCAAGUUUUAUUUUAUUUUUGAUUAUAACGAGCCAGUUUUCUAAGCAUUGUCUACUAAAACCAUUAAUAAUAUGUAGUCUGAUUUUCAUGAAAGUAUGUCAAGUUAUUUUUUUUUUAUGUGUGUGUGUGAGAGAAUGUCAUUCCUUUGAAUUUUGUAAUGUUUAAAUAACCUAUGAUGUGGUAUAGCUUCCAGGUUUUUCAGCUCUUGUAUGGCCAUAUUGAAUCUGAACAUACUAAUACAUAUUCAAUCUCAACUAAAUAAAGGGAGAUGCCUUUUCCUUAGGAGCACUUGA